UAGCUUUCCUUAUACAAAAUAAAAAAAAUUCAUUUCUUCUUCUUCUUCUUUUCUUUCUUUAGAAAAAAUGCCACUAAAGUGGUUAUUGAAUUUUGGAUUUACACAAGUGAUGGGAAAAAGUCCAGAAGUGGUAUUAAAUAGUAAAGAAGAAUACCCAAAUGGGUUCCAAUUGCCUCUUCACUAUCCAAAUUACAAGAAAGAAGAUUAUGAGAAAAUGGAAGAAUGGAGAUUGGAUUUGCUCUUAAAAGAAUAUGGUAUCACUCUUAAGGGUUCUCUUGAUGAUAAGAGAAACUUUGCUAUGGGAGCUUUCUUAUGGCCACAUCAAUUUUAAUUAAUUAGUUACUUUGUCACUAAUAAUCUUCUUUAAGCAUGUAAUUAUGCAUGUAUUACUCUUGUUUAUUAGAAUAAAUAAAAUAAAAGUUAUUCUAAUAA